CAAGGGUGCCAAUAAAUGUUGAGGGAAGAGCAUAUGCCAUGAAGUGCAAUUAAUUUGACAGCUAGGAUGCAAUUCCUGUUCCACACUCAAGUCCAGUGAUGGCGCUAAUACACCACGUAGUUGCCAUUCACCAUUUUAAGAAGAAGAACAAGAAGGCGAGGCUAAGCUAGUGGGGGCAAAUUGUUGAGAACUUCCAGUCUGAGAGCUUCAGUAGCUACGUGAAAGUGGCGUGCUGCUACAGCGCUCUGACGUAUCUAGUCUUCUAUAUAUAUCUGUGUACGUAGGCGUCAUAGGUAUAAUAAAGAGUAGAUGCCGCAUUGGCUGCUGGGGCACGAGAAAUGCGGCCGCCAUCUUGAGCCGGUCAUUCUACCGUAAACUACCAAAGCAGCAAGAUGCCCGAGCACUGUGCGGCGUAUUGCUGUACAAAUCGGCGGACUAUUGAAAACAGGGCUCGAGGGAUAACUUUUCACAAGUUUCCCAAAGACAAAGACAUUAGGAAGAAGUGGGAAGUGGCUUCGAGGACGGAAAGAUUCACAGCCAGUGAUUCAUCCGUACUUUGCAGUGAACAUUUUAAGCAGGCAGAUUUUGAUAGGACAGGUCAGAUUGUCCGACUCAGAGAUGGUGUUAUUCCAUCCAUCUUCAGCUUCUCGAUUCAUCUCCAAAGAUCGGAAAAGGACAGGACUACCUCCAGAAGAGCCUCUCAGGACGCCCCAAUAACUGCAACCUCACACCCACAACCUCAGCCUAAUGAUUCGGAAAAGGACAGGACUACCUCCAGAAGAGCCUCUCAGGUGGCCCCAAUAACUGCAACCUCACACCCACAACCUCAGCCUAAUGAUGAUCAUGGCUAUGCCUUGCCUGCCUCUCCUACCUCUCUUAAGGCCAGACUCAAUGAAGCCUUAGCAAGAGUGGAAAGUCUGGAACGAGAGAAGAAGAACGCCAUGGCAAGAGAAAAGAGGGCAAAGACCACAGUAAAGAGUCUGUUGGGGGAUUUGAGGGAAAAUUUAAAAAAAUUAAAAAAACUUUCAUGAUUAAACAUAUUAAAAAUUAAAACUUUCAUUACCAACUUUGUACAUGUGUAAAUAUGGUUUGGGGCGAGAGGGUGUCAGUUUCUUGUGUUUAACUUGAGAAUCUACGUUUUUAUUCUCUCUCCGCUUUGUUAUGCAAGUCUGAACCGCAAGAUGGGAGUAUGUAGAGGCAUUUCCACUAUUCAGAAAUUUUCUGAUGUCUCUGCAGUGGUUGGGUGUAUUACUGGGGGGGAUGAGAGAGAGUGUAGGACUGUAGUGGACAACUUUGUCACAUGAAGUGACCAGUAUCAACAUCAAAGGGGCCACUGUGGAGGUGGUGGAGUACAAAUACCUGGGUACCUGGGGGUGAACUUAGACCACAAACUAGACUGGUGCAAGAAGGUGGACACUGUUUACAGAAAGGGCCAGAGCCGCCUCUAUUUUCUAAGGUGACACAGGAAAUUCCUGCCUGUCCCCAUCAGACUGUUAAACUCUGUACUGUGACGGACACACAUACUUUUAUAUAUACAAUGUAUAUAUGUAACACUUGUAAAUACCUGUAUUUUUAGAUUUAUGCUUAUCCCAUUUUUAUAUCUUUCACUUUCUUUCUUUGUCGGGAAAACUGCAAGUGCAAUGUCUGUACAAAAAAGAAUUUCCCCUCGGGGAUGAAUAAAAGGAUUC